GCAGUCACGACGCCAUGGAUCGCGAGUCACACACGGACAAUCGCGACACACCCGACGACGAGAGCACCCCGGACGGCCAGGCUAAUAUCGUCGAGCGCUUCCUGUCUCGCCUCUUCGUAGACCGCUUCCUGACCGACAGCCCCGCCCGCAACGAAGCCCCGCCGAUUUCGCCGCAUCCAAGCCCACAACCUCCGCCACGACCACACCCGUCCAAUACGCUUGUACCCUUCUUCAGCGCCGCCAGCGUCCUCGCUCCAGCUCCAGGCUCGCAGUCACAAGCGUCAGGUGACCCGGGCGACCCAAUGCAACGCCCGCACGAUGUUGUCUUUUGUGUUGAGGAUACCGUGGGCUUGAAGGACGACAAGUACAGCGUUGGCGUCAUCGACAGGUCGUUUGGCGAUGUCGACUCGCACGAGCCUCGUCCGCAGCGAGACUAUGGCGAAGAUAUCGAGCAACACGCCGAGAUAGCGAAAGACGACUUCAAAAAGUUCAUGAAGAGCGGCAUACCUCCGCGGGGCACCGUCCUCGUCUCGUGGCAGACGCAGCUCAAGACGGAGCUGGUACCAGAGGACAAGCUGCAAUUGCUGGACCGCGCGUUGUACGUGGGCGAUGUUGUCAAGAGAAGCGCAGACGAGCACAUGAGCGGGACAGUCAUUGGGACCAAGGCGGUCUGCACCCUCUUCCCGGCUACCAUGUUCAACGGCGGCCAAAUAACACAAGCCGCCACCGACGACCUGUCGAUACGGAACGUUCCUGCCGAGGAGAUCAUCAACGUCCACGAAUUCGUCGAGGGUGCCAUCGUCGUCUACGGGGACUGGGUGGGCCGUAUCGAGAACGUGUACGACGAAGUUGCUGUGAAGCUUUCAAACAACUCGGUCGUUGUCGUCGAGGAUCCCGCCGAGCUCGAGCAGGACGACGUCACCGUCGAACGUCUCAGCGUAGGCGACACAAUCAAAACAAAGAAGGGUAAUCUCCGCAGAGGGCACUGGAGAUAUGGCGCUUUCGACCCUACAGUACGGCCAGAAGGCAUGGUGGUGGAGACUAGGGCUAUCGAAAUCGAUGUACAGUGGCUUGCGAGUCGUAUCGGCCUCAGCGAUAACCUAGAAUCCUUCCCAGAAGAACCGCCUGCGACCCUCGGCCGAGAUGAGUUUGAGAGUGCUAGCUUCUACAAAUAUGAUGCCAGUGGCGGAGCUCCCAGCACCCUUCCUGUCUCACUCGAUGGCACUGACCGCUCGUUCCAUGUGACUGAGGUAGCUGUGGGCGACCGCGUACGCUUCAAGGACCUGACGGGUGCUGCUGUCAAGUACGACGGUACUCACACACUCUCGAAUGGCUAUCCACAGGGAAAAGUUACCCGGAUACCGCGCACAGAUUCUUUGGGAUACGACGUCAAUGUUUUCUUGGUCAUGCAAACUCACACCCGCGUGACCGUACAAUGGCAAGACUUGACCAUCACAGAAGACUUGAGCUCCUCGCUGCUACCAGAUCCAAAUGUCGAAGACGACGACGAAGUGUGGCCUGGAGAGAUUGCCUGCACAAAGGAGGAACUACCAAACACUGUCAAUCCGGCAGGGGCUUGGAAAAAGAGACCGGCGAAAGUAGGAAUUGUACAGGCAGUCAAGUCACGGGAUCGUAUUGCGACCGUGCGUUGGUUCAAGGACCCCACGAUCGAAUUCUUCGGUUCCGACUUGCUCCGUCCUUCAACAACAGGUGAACUCAACGGAUUUAUCGAGGAUGUAAGCUUGUACGAUAUCUACUCAUCUCCCUUCCUGACUCGACGGCGAGGCGAUUUUGUCUUACUCCACCCGGAUUCACUGGAGAACUCGCAGGCUCCGCCUAACACAACAGGGCCAGGAUGGUUUGGAGAAGUCAUCGAUCUGGGACUGGACGGCAAGCUCACAGUCCGCCUAGGUGCUGCAACACCUAUCAUCGAUGUCAAGGUCUGCUACGAGGGAGUCACCCUAGCAUACAGCAGUGACAUGGACAAUGACUUUCUCAACAUGGACGAUAUGGAAGGUGAUUCAAUUGAAGACUCGGAUGAGGAGGACGUGUCGGAUUUCGACUCGGCGUCUUUCAAUGAAAUGUGGAUCGAGUACGAGGGCAUGGACGGCGAGCCCCCUGUAGGUGAUGAAGAAGAUUGGUCCACGGAAGACGAAGAGGACGACGAUGACGAUACCUCAAUGCCAGACCUUGAGCCGAUUGACGAUAUAGAAACCUCGAAGACAACGCCAGAAAGCAAAUCACCACCCACAAAGCCAGAUCAGACCGAAAUCUCAGAUCAUGCACAAGACGCAGUGUCUCCUAUGGAACAGGACAGCACAGAGGUUGUUUCAGAAGCGCCAUUAUCUUUCCUCAUCCUCGACAAUGACCCUCCGUCAGACCAUCACUAUCUGAGCCACUCAGCAGCAUCUUCGUCAGCGUUUAUGCGCCGCAUCGCGAAAGAACACAAGAUCCUUCGAGGUUCACUACCGCCAAACAUCUUCGUCCGAACAUGGGAAUCUCGCCUCGACCUCCUUCGUGUUCUUAUAAUCGGUCCCAACGACACACCAUACGAGUAUGCACCCUUUGUUAUCGACUUCCACCUCUGCUCCACAUACCCACAAUCACCUCCUGAGGCAUUCUUCCAUAGCUGGACAAAUGGCAACGGCCCUGUCAACCCUAAUUUGUACGAAGAUGGAAAGAUCUGUCUCAGUUUGCUGGGUACAUGGCACUCUGACGAACGGAACGAAAGCUGGAGUCCCGCCAAGAGCACUCUGUUACAAGUUUUGGUCUCAAUCAUGGGCCUGGUCCUCGUGAAGGAACCAUACUACAACGAAGCAGGUUACGACGUGCAUCGCUCGGCCCCAGAAACGAAACUCAGCUCCGCGCUGUACACUGAGCGAGCGUACUUCCGCGCCCGCGCCUUUAUCGACCACGCGCUUACCAGUAACGUUGAGCCUUUCACACAAGAACUACAAUACCUAUACCGGAAUCAAUCAGACGACGCUCCACAGUUUCUCGACAAGGCGAUCGAGGCGGCAAAGGAUGUCGUGGAAAGGAGUGCCAGCGGAAGUGCAGAAGGCGAGCGGGAUGGCCUACGGACAAUCAGUCUGGGUGCUGUGGUCAUGCUGAAAAGACAGGUGGUGAAGUUGGAGGCAUUGAAACAAGCAAGUGUAUGAGCUUGGGGCUCGCUCGGAUGAUAGGCAUUGGGAGGGAGCAUCAUGUGGCGUUUUUGGUAAAAAGGUCGCUCAAAGCGUUAAGCGGGCGGACUCUGUUUUCGGUGCAGCGAAUAUGUAACGUAUGUAUAACGUGAAUCGAAGUUUCUAUGACUA